UGUGAACUGAGGAAUGCUGUCACUAGUAGUUUUAACAUCAAAUUCGAUUGGAUAAAGCAAAGCCACACCAUUUCUCAGCAGAACCGGAUUGAACCAGUUAAACAACGGCAGAAACCUUCUAAAAUAAUCAGGUGCAAGUAUACGUCGUCAGAUACAUAACACUUUACUUCCGAAAUUGACGACUUGUUAAUAACUGAACAAAUUUAACGUUUAACAAGCAAUGUAGUAGCCUUAUCUACUUUAUAACAGAUAUAUAUUUUAAUUUGUAUAUCACAUUUUAAAUAGUUUUUAUAGGCUGUGAUAAGAUCAGGUAUAGAAUCUAUGAAUAUGCGGGCUUUGUAUUUCAACUAUUUGUUAAAAGUGUUCGCUCGAAAACAGGCUACCAGUAUUUUUUGGAUUCAACAAUCCUUAAGAUAUCAACAAUCAACGCCUACAGUGACAUCUAUUUUCUCACAGUUCGAAGCUCAGAUCACAAGUAGACAAUACUCGAGAUUUGUCCGAUCUCAAUACACAGAAAAUACUUCUUUACCAAAACAUACAGCAAAUGGUAGCCCUCUUGGUAGCUCUACAAAAACGAUACUGCUGCCAGAUUUCAGCAACCACGCCGUUGCAUUCCAAAAUAAAUCAACGCGGGAGAUAAUUCGUGCUUUAUGUGUCUUGAGAUUAUGUGGAUUUCAGAAAUUAGUGAAUAACAGUUUGCAGAUCAUGAAUACCAUGCAGAAAAUGAGUGGACCAAUUCUAUUGAAAGCCUUUGUCAAGCCAACACUCUAUAAUCAGUUUGUUGCUGGAGAGAAUCCCGAGGAGUUUCGAAACUGUGUUAACCGACUGAAAUCCGCCAAUCUGCGUCCUUUUCUCGGCGUCACAAUAGAGACUGAUGUUGGAGAAGAAACAAGGGAGAGCACAUUUGACAAAAACACCCAGAAAAUACUCCAGUGUUUUGACUUAUCAGAGAGCCUUGGUGUUGAAAGUCCAUUUCUUCAGCUGAAGAUUACCGGAGUGAUGUCUGCUGACCUUAUUGCUCGUUUGAGUGAUAUAUACAAUCACAGUAGCAUUGCUACUCGACAGAUACUAGUGAAGAGUGUGGCAGCUAGUAUGAGUGGACAAGAUAUGAGAAUGCAACCAUUUGAUCAGCUGGAACCUAAAGAAAGAGAGUCAUUGAUGCUGGCAGUCCAACGACUGAAAGAAAUUGGACAGUGUGCCAGCAAGAAAACGGUGAGAAUUCUGGUUGAUGCUGAAUAUACCUAUAUAAAUCCUGGCCUUAGUCUACUUACUCUGGCUAUGAUGGUGGCAUUCAAUCAGCAAUUUCCACUGAUCUGGAAUACCUACCAGUGCUAUCUGAAAAAAACUUUUGAAACUGCCGCAUCUGAAUUAGGAAUUGUACAAAAUUUGGGAGGAUGUUUUGGUGCAAAAGUAGUACGAGGUGCAUACUUAACCCAAGAACGUUUACGGGCAACUAAGCUGGGUUAUCCCAGCCCUAUUUGGGAUAGCUAUGAACUUACAAACCAGAAUUACAACAGGGUGAUUAGAUAUUUCUUGGAGCAUAUUAAUCAAGUGGGACCGAGAUGUAACAUUAUUGUUGCCACCCAUAAUGAGGAAAGUGUUCAACUUGCUAUAGAAAGGAUGAGAGAAAUGAACAUUGAUCCUCUCAAUGGAGGGGUUCAUUUUGGACAGUUGUAUGGAAUGUGUGAUCAGAUCUCCUUUCCAUUAGCUUCAGCUGGUUAUGCUGUUUAUAAAUGUGUUCCAUAUGGGCCUAUGCUUGAAGUAUUGCCUUUCCUGGCUAGAAGAGCUAUGGAAAACCAAGGAGUCCUGAUGGGAUCUCGAAAAGAAAAGACCCUGCUGUGGCAAGAAUUAAAGAGAAGGAUGAAAAACACAUUGAAAAUGAAGUCUAAACAUAAUCUAAAAGUUGAGACUGUCUGAAUAAUAUAAUGUUUUUAUAAAACAUUCCAAUGAACCUUAAGGUAUUUAGCUGGAUUUUAUUAUUUUAAAUAACCGAUUUAUUUGUAAAUGAAGGCUUAGAAUAGAAAAUAAUGUUAAUAUAUGUACUUUUCUGGGAUUCCACCACUGAUUAAUGUACUUUUCCAAA